UCCCAACGCUACCUCCUUCAUUCAUUCCCCGCCUAUAUUUCUCGAGACAUCCCACCGUGCCUCCCAGUGAGUGGUCUCUCUCCCUCCGAAGUGGCGAGAACAAUCCACCCAUCAGCUCGAGCUAUGGAGUCAGCGGCGGCGAUCUCUCUCGCGCUUUCCUUCUACCUCCUCCUCCUCUCCGCCACUCUCGCAGAGUCGACCUCCCCAACUCGCCCACGUAAUGGAGCCCAUCCCAGUGGUACAAACCACAAGUACUCGUUCCUCAAGGAUGCAUCCCGAUCGCCACCCGCCAAGCAAUACGACUACAUUAUCGUGGGCGGCGGCGCCGCUGGCUGCGCCAUGGCCGCCACCCUCUCCGCCAAGCAUUCGGUCCUCCUCCUGGAGCGCGGCGGCGUGCCUUACGGCGUCUCCACCAUCGAGCGCGUCGACGGCUUCCACGUCAAUCUCCUCGACUACGACAACUACACGUCCGUGGCGCAGGGCUACCGGUCCGAGGACGGCGUGCUGAGCCACCGCGGCCGCGUCCUGGGCGGCGGCACGGCGCUCAAUGCCGGCUUCUACACGCGCGCUAGCCGGGCAGAGGUGGCCAUGUUUGGCUGGGAGCCCGAGCUGGUCGAGCAGGGCUACCGCUGGGUGGAGGCGAAGGUGGCGUUCAAGCCCGUGGUGCCCGAGUGGCAGGCGGCGCUCAAGGCAGCCAUGAUCCAGUCCGGGGUGGUGCCUGACAAUGGGUUCACGUACGAGCACCUCGUCGGCUCCAAGGUGGGCGGCACCAUCUUCGAUCCCCAGGGCAAGCGGCACACCGCUGCGGACCUCCUGGAGUACGCCACCCCGGCCAACACUCGCGUCCUCAUCCACGCCACGGUGCACAAGGUCCUCUUUGAUCCAGCCUCGGUCAAGUCCGGCAAACCGCGCGCCGUCGGCGUAUCGUACACGGACAAGCUGGGCGGCUCCCACACCGCGACGCUGGCACCGCGCGGCGAGGUGAUCGUCUCCUCGGGCGCCGUGGGCAGCCCGCAGCUCCUCCAGCUGAGCGGCAUCGGCCCAAAGUCGGAGCUCUCGGCGCUGGGCAUCCCGCUCGUUCUGGACCACCCCCAGGUUGGGCAAGCGAUGGCGGACAACCCGAACAACGUCUUCUUCAGCGCCGGCUCCACGGAGCAGCCAUACUCGCUCGUCAACGUCGCUGGCAUCACCGAGUUCGGCAGCUACAUCGAGGAGCUCAGCGCGGGGCAAAACACCACGGGCUUGAUCCAGUGCUUCGUGCAGAUGCUCAAGGACCCGGCCAAGCUCGUCAACCCGGCGUACCUGGAGCUCGUCCGCAGCCCCCCGGACUUCGUGCUCCCAUAUCUCCCACAGCUCACGUACGUGGUCCAGAAGGUCUCGGGGCCCUUCUCCAAGGGGUUCUUGCGGCUGAAGACCACGGACGUGAGGGACAACCCGAUCGUUCGCUACAAUUACUACCAGCACCCGCGGGAUCUGGCGGUGUGCGUCCAGGCGGUGAAGGUGAUCAGCAAGACGGUGCGCGCGCCGGCAUUCCACAAGUUUAGCUACCAGAAGGCGAGCCAGGUGCCGCAGAACCUGGCGUUCGUGCUCCAGGCGGCCAGCGGAUUCAUACCGCCGGCGGACACGUCCAACGACACCGCGCUGGCGCAGUACUGUGUGGAUAGCGUGGUUACCAUCUGGCACGCGCAUGGUGGGUGCCUGGUUGGGGGCGUGGUGGACAAGGAGCACCGGGUGAUCGGCACCGAGGCGCUGCGGGUGAUCGACAUCUCUACGUUCAACUCGACGCCGGGGGCCAAUCCUCAGGCCACGGUGAUGAUGCUUGGGAGGUACAUGGGGCUGCGGAUGAUGCAACAGCGCAAGCAGGAGGAGCUGGAAGCGGCCGGGAGAGAACACUGAAUUGGCGAGCUGGGUGAGACGUGAGAGAGCGAAGGAUCUUGCAAUUCGUCCGUCCGUGUAGCUCGCUCUGUAUACUUGCUGGGUGUUUGAGCAGCUUAUGGUUGAUUUGUGCCCAUUCGAAUGGAAAGAAUUAGUCUCGGCUCUCUUUGUCCUUCGCGCUUGAGUGCGCUCUUGGGGAGGAAUUGAUUUCUCCCUGGUGCAGUGAGGAGACUGGAAAAAGUUUGAAUUCAUGCAAUCAAUCGAGAGGUUUGCUGUACUGGAAUGAUACAGAUCACCCCAUGUACUGUAA